AAUGAGUUCACCUUUGUCAACACUGAAGAAAAUGAAGCGCACCCCUCUUCAGCAGUGGGAAAAAACUGAUAACCAACCCAGGAGGAACCCGUUGAGAGAGCUCCAUGCAGCACCUGCUCGUGGUUCCUCUAUUUCUGACCCGAAUCCUCUGGUGACCUGCAGCACUAAUCAUGAAACCAAAAUGACACAGAAGAAAGGCAGCCCAAGCAGCCCUGAACUCCCCUCCACUGUGCUGCAGCAGAUAUCCAGUUUGGAGCAGAGAGUCAGAGCCCAAGCAGAAGAAAUUUAUCAGAAGGAUAAAAGGAUUUUCGCAUUAGAAGAAGCCCUGAGGGUAAAGAAAGAGAUUUUCAAAAGGAAAUACAUGAUGCUACAACAGCAAGUUUUUGAAAUGGAGAGCUUUCUUAUGGACUAUAACAUGAUCUGGGUUGGAUCUGAAAAUACAGAUGCAGAAGAAUGUGAAAAGGCCUACAACUUUAAGGGGCUAUGGACACCACCAGAGACCUCAGCAGAUAGGCGGUUUCAUGUGAACUUUGACCUUGUCCUAGAGAAGAUACAAGAACUCAACAUUCUGGCAGGGGAGGGGGAGACCUACAUCCAGACUACAACUACGGGUGCUCAGCUGGCACAAAGGGAACCAGUCGAGCUUUGGCUUUACCGGAAUGGCAUUGUGAUGUUUGACGGACCAUUUCGGACAUAUCGGGAGCAGAAAACCCAACAGUUUAUGCAGGAUCUGAUGGACGGCUAUUUUCCAUCAGAGUUACAGGAAAGGUUUCCAGAUGGCGUUCCCUUUGAGGUCCAUGACAGGAGGGAUCAGCAUUUUAUCCCCAAGCCACAGAAAAAAACAUUUCCUGGUCAUGGGCAUGUUAUUCGAGAAAACAAUGGAAAAAACACAACCUCAGUCAAUGCAGCACCUGCCAGCGGCAUAAAAUUGGGUCAAGGCGUGAAGGCGGGGCAAGUGAUGAUGAUCAGGGAGGAUUUGGAGAGAGCCCUGCAGGUGGCCAGAAACAAGCAGGAUUCCUCGAACACCCGGUGCAGAAACUCAGUGACCUUUGUAGACACACCAGCUCUGCAGAGUUUUCAGGCAAAAUCCCAGCGUCCAGUAUCUGAUAAUGAUGUAACAACACUAAAGAUAAGGUCUGAAGAUGGUGGUGACACAUACAUGUUGAAAAUGAACUGCUCAGAGACUAUUGGCCACAUUCGGCAAUACCUGGACAAACACAGAGGAGGUGAUAUGCUCAGUUAUGACAUCAUCAGUGCAUACCCACAUUGCUGCUAUGAUGACAACAGUCAAACCUUUCGGGCUUGUGGACUCACAACUAACACUUCUCUACUGUUACGCACCAGACCAGCCGGUAAUGAAACAGCAAUAAUAUGA